AUGGAGCUUCUUGAAUCAUGGCUUGGAAAGAACUCAGAUGUUACUGGAUUUAAAGAAGAUGGAGGUUCCAUCUUUAAAGAACUGGCUCUUUUUCAAGACUAUCGUGGCUUGCCGACUCUCAAGAACGAAUUAGCAGAAUUCAUGGAAGAAAUCAGAGGGAAGAGAGUAAGAAUGGACCCAAACAAGAUCGUUCUUACAGCUGGUUCAACUUCUGCUAAUGAAACCCUGAUGUUUUGCCUUGCUGAACCUGGUGAUGCUUUCCUCAUCCCCACACCUUAUUAUCCAGGGUACGACAGAGAUUUGAAGUGGCGAACCGGGGUUGAAAUUGUACCCAUCCAAUGCACAAGCUCAAAUCAUUUUAGGAUCACCAAGUUUGCUUUGGAAGAAGCAUACAAACAAGCCCAAAAGCUUAAUCUAAACGUCAAAGGGGUUUUGGUCACAAACCCUUCAAACCCUUUGGGCACAACCAUGAGUAAAGAAGAAGUUGAUAUUGUUAUCAACUUCUGCAUGACCAAAUUGAUCCAUAUAGUGAGCGACGAAAUAUUUUCAGCAACAGUUUUUAGUUCUCCAAAGUUUGUAAGCAUAUUGGAAGCAUUGAAUGAAGGGAACCUCCAAGAAUCAAUUGCUAUGAAUCUUGUUCAUGUUGUUUAUAGCCUCUCGAAAGAUUUAGGACUCUCAGGAUUCAGAGUAGGUUUGAUUUAUUCAAACAACGAAAUGGUCAUUUCUGCAGCCACCAAAAUGUCGAGUUUUGGGCUCAUUUCGUCUCAAACUCAACACCUCGUUUCAAACAUUCUUCAUGACAAGAAGUUCAUAAAAUAUUACAUGAAAGAAAAUGCAAGACGACUCAAAAAGAGACAUGAAAUGCUCGUUUCGAAGUUAAAGAGGAUAGGGAUUCAAUGCUUGAGAAGCAAUGCUGGAUUGUUUUGUUGGGUCGAUAUGAGGCAUUUGUUAAGUUCCAACACAUUUGAGGCUGAGUUUGAUUUAUGGAAAAAAAUUCUUUGUGAUGUUAAGUUGAACAUCUCUCCGGGAUCUUCUUGUCAUUGUAGCGAACCAGGGUGGUUCCGAAUUUGUUUUGCGAAUGUAUCCGAGGAAACGUUGCAAGUUUUGAUGCAAAGGAUGAAGACCUUCGUUGGAGGGAUCGGUCACCGGAACUUGAUUUGUUUUUCAAGGAAGCCUAUGCUUUUAAAGUGGGCGUUCGGGUUAUCAUCGUUCGAUCGUCAGGCAGAUCGUUAG